AAAUAAUCUCUCUCCAAAUGAAGUCAGCAUCCGUCACCAGCUCCUAACUCUCAGCGCGUCUUGGCAGUUAUAAUAAUCAUUCUCUAGAAUUUCAUCAUGCUGCCUUUGGUCUCGUUUCUACUGGCGCUUUGCCCUCUUGCAGCCCUGGCUGCACCGUCCGCUCUCCCUCUCGAGCUCGAAAAGAGAGGCAUUAAGUGUCUAGAAGUUGGAGCGACCGCAACAGCCAAAUGGACGAAUAGCGCCGGACAGACAUGCACCUUUGAGGGCGUGGUAGGGAGCAACUACGGCGCCAAUGGCGCGGGAUCGGGAGAUUAUUCGUGCAAUGGUCGAUGUGGUGCUGGCUGUACCGGGAGUGCUCUGGGCAACGAUUACACUCAAGACUGCUUCUCUCACGACAUCUGCUCCUACUUCAACAACGCAACUGGUGGUGCUGAUGACCCCAACUGCGGCGCCGCAUACAAGGCUGCUGUCGAUGACACCAUCCUAAGUGCCGUCGUGGGGUGUUGGCAAACCAACCCAUCCAACCCCGUGUCUAAGCCUUCGACGGUCCCUAUUUGCAGUUGAUCGAGUAGCUUUCCUGAGGCGUUAGAGUGAAUCAACCGAGUCUGUCACACGCUGCGGCGUGCGUUCUUACCGAGAAUCUUAUUGCUCUGCAUACGGAGCUAGGAUAAAAGCCUAAAGUAACAUGAAUGGUGGAAGGAUUAUUAGGGAAGCCGAAGCAGAAAAAAAGCAGCCCAAAACAAAAACCAGUCGAGAGAAUACCGCAUGUUUUGCGGAAGACAAUGGGGGCAGGAUGAAGCCUGGAGGUGGUUAACGAGAAGACCUCAUCCUCUCAAUCCAAGCCACAGUGCCGUUGUCUCGCGAUGAUUGGACCGCAAUCAUCACCGUCGUAGCCAAUCCAUCCAACGAUUCCCAGCGCACUUCAAAAUUCCUCCUCG